ACAAAGCGAGUGUUCCCUAAGACAUACUAUUUUAUAAUUUAAUUUAUUAUUGUGCAACCAUAUAAUUCUUGUUUAUGUAAUUGCUAAAUACUAUAGUUUUUAUAAUAAUCAUGGCUUCAGCGCCACCUAAUAUUUCUGCGCGAAUAUUUUAUGGCCUUCGAACUGAUAUUCAAUAUAAUGCUCAUUACUUGUCGGAAUCUGAAAUUAUUUACCCAGCUGGAGGAGUCAUUGUAAUUCAUAAUCAUCUGCAGAAGAAGCAGAAAUUUAUCAGGCUGCAAGAUAAACAUAAACCUAUAAAGUCUUUAGUAUUAGCGCCGAAUAGACGGUGGUUAGCAUUAAACGAAAUAGCCGAAGAAGGACAAAAGCCAAUAAUAACCAUUUAUGAUCUGACAACGUACAAAAGGCGUAAGAUUCUGACAGUCCCAUUUGAGAACUCCACAGCAAGGGAAUUUGCAUGUGUUCAAUUCACUUUCGAUUCUAAGUAUCUUGUAGCGAUAACAGGCGAACCAGAUUGGUACUUGUAUUAUUACAAUUGGGACAAAGGGAAGGUUGAAAGUCAUGCCAAAGCUCAGAAUCCAAGUGGACAAGGAAUAGUUGAAAGUGUACAAUGCAAUCCUACAGAUGCAAUGCUUGUUGUAAUUACAGGUCCCUACACAUUUCGUAUAAUGAAUGUCUCUGAAACAGUCUGGCGUCAGUGGGGAUGGUGUAAAGCUGAAAAUAUCAAUAUAACUAGUUGCAUGUGGCUAACUUCGGACCGCAUCAUAAUUGGGACAGACGAUGGUACCAUAAUGGUUGUGGAAAACGGGGAACUCAGACAAAACUGUAUCUUCAGAGCCGCAGAGGUUAUGGAAAUAUCCCUGAAGAAAGUUGAAGCUGAAACUGAGGAAAGCGAAAAAGCAAGUAUUACAAGUAAACAAGAUACUACAAGCGAACCUACUGUAUUAGAAGAGAGUUACCCUGUUACUUGCUUUGUCAACUUUCCGAAAGGGUUUGCAUUUGGUUGCGGUCCAGGCUACGUUCAUAUGUUCGAAAAAGAAACGCUACAUCACUGGAGGAAACGAAAUGUUUUUAGAAUUUCGAAAAAAUCCUAUAAACACACUCGCGAGCAUCCUCAGUGGUCAACAUUAGAUGCCAUACAGCAUAUCACAAUCGAUCCUAAUCAAGAAACGUUGCUCAUUACCACACUCCGAAAACAAUUAUAUUACGUCAAGCUAUUUGGGCAGCACAUGUUGCAGAAUCCAGAAAUUGCUUUUGCCGAACUUGGGCCAGCGAUGCACUAUGGUCCUAUAAACUCGUUAUCUAUGUGCGCAUGGAAACCAAUAUUCAUGACAUCGGGAGAAUUGGAUAAAAGCAUUAGAAUAUGGAAUUAUAUGACCGAUGAUGUAGAAAUGAUCAAACUGUAUCAAGAAGAGAUACAUUGUGUUUCUUUGCAUCCAACCGGUUUAUUUGCGAUAGUUGGAUUUUCCGACAAAUUACGAUUUAUGGUGGUACUGAUAGACGACUUUGAAGUAAUGCGAGAGUUCCCUAUCAGAAAUUGCAAAUGUGCGAAGUUUAGUACAAACGGACAAAUGUUUGCUGCAGUUAAUAGCCAAGUCAUCCAAGUGUUCUCCUCGAUCUCAUUUCAAAAUGUUUAUAACUUAAAAGGACAUAAUGGGAGGAUAACAUCUCUAGCGUGGUCUGCGAAUGAUCUAACAUUAGUGUCCUGUGGUACAGAGGGCGCUGUGUACGAGUGGAGUAUGUCCACUGGACAAAGAGUGGGAGAAGUUAUAUUAAAAACCAAUCAAUUCAAUGCUUGCGCCGUCAACAGUAUUGGGAAAAUUGCUUAUGGUGUCGGAUCAGACGGAGAAAUCAAAGAAAUUGGUUCAAAUUCAAUACGAAGGAAUUUGGGACUAAUAAAUUGUCCUCUGGACACUAUAGUAUUGUCCCGAUCUGACAUGAUGCUAUUCAUUACCGGCGGUAAAGGAGGCGUCACCUCUGUUCAAUUGCCACUCUUAGACAAGGCAAUAUUCAAUGAGUUUCAUAUGCAUAACAAAAAGGUUACUUGUAUCGCGCUGGCUUAUGAUGAUCAGACGUUGGUAUCGGUGGCUGAAGAUGCAUCUAUUUGCUUGUGGCGACUUACUAACGCUGAUGGACGAGCGAUCGCUCUGGAUAAGGAUUUUGCGUAUUCAAAAGAGAUAUUGAUAAGCAAAAAGGAUUUGCAGGAAAAAAUAAACAGUAUUAAUUUACUUAGUACCAGGAUGAGUGAGUUAGAAACCGAACAUACGUAUCAGUUACGUCAGGCUGAAGCGACCCAAGCGGAAAAAUUAAAAGAAGUACACGAAGGCUAUUGUGCUGCAAUCGAAGAGCUAAAGGAAAAGAAUGAGCAAAUGGAAAAUGAGCAUACUCAUGAAAUAGGAAUGAUUCAACAAGAUAUUGCCAAACUCCGCUCAGGACAUGAGAGAACACUGCAAGCUUUGGAAGCAGAUUUCAAUGUCAAACUCAUUAGCGAGUACGACAGAUAUCAGAGUCUCGAGGACAAAGCGGCCAGAAUGCGAAAAGAUUAUGAACAGCGUCUCGAGGAACUUGCCGAAAGUAAGCGGCAAGCUUUAAGAGAAUUGAAUAAUAUAUUUGAAGCAAAAUUGGAAGAAAAAGACACUCUUUUACAAGAGUUGCAAGAGCAAGCUGAUAUGGAAACAAAGGAGCAUGAAACUAUAAAAGCAUCAAUUGAAGAGGAUGCGGAUCGUGAAAUAAUAGAAAUCAGAACAGCAUAUGAGGUUCAACUGAAAGAAGAAAAGGAUGCUAAUGUACGGUUAAAGGGAGAGACCGGUCUCAUGAAGAAAAAACUGAUAAGUGCCAAUAAAGAGAUUGACGAGUUUAAACAUCAAGUAUCCCAAUUAAAAGCUGAACAUAAACAAUUCCAAAAAGUUAUAUCAACAUUGGAACGUGACGUGGCUGAUUUGAAAAAAGAAAUAUCGGAGCGAGAUGGCACUAUUCAAGACAAAGAAAAGAGAAUAUAUGAAUUAAAAAGGAAGAAACAAGAAUUAGAAAAAUAUAAAUUUGUAUUGAAUUUCAAGAUAACUGAGUUAAAAAAUCAGAUUGAACCUAAACAAAGAACUAUAAGAGAGUUGAAAGUUCAAAUAGACGACAUGGAAAAUGAAGAGUUAAAAUUAUUAAACGUAAAGCACGAUCUUGAGCUUAAAAUUAAUCAACUGAAUGAGAAACUGGCAUCUGCUAAAAAAGAUUUUUUGAGCGAAACCGAAAGAAACUUGACAUUGAAAAAUACUCUGAAAAAAAUUAAAAUAGACUUACACAACAUGACUGCAAAUUUUCAAGAUCCGGUUAAGUUGAAAUUGAAUGUUAAAGCCCUUUUUCACAAGUACGUCGAGGAUAUAGACUUCGUACGAAGUCGAAUAGCGGAGGACGAAGCAAUACGAGAAUUUAACAGACAACGUGACCAUUUGGAGAAGCAAGUCGCUGCGCUCAAACAGCAGCUCUCCAAGUCCGUUGGAGGUUCCAAGAGCGAUAUUGGAAAAAUUAUGGACGAAAACUGUACACUUAUCACAGAAAUUAAUAAUUUGCGAACGGAACUCAAAUCAACACGUACGCGAUGUUUCCAAAUGGAGUCGAUCUUAGGAUUGUCUGCGCGGUACAUCCCACCAGCCACAGCUCGCGCCAAGCUCAAGCAUGUUACAGAGGAUAGGGAGAAACUCGAUGAAAAGUUCAAACAGAAAGUCGAGGAACGUGAAGAGAUAAUAGUUGCUCUGAAAGAAGAAAAUGAACGUUUGCUCAGUAAAGUGCGAUGUGUGGAUGAAUCUGUGAAGAUUCCAGAUGCUGAUACAGAGGUCACUAAAGAUGAACAUUAAUCUUAUCCACUUACUUAUCUUAAUUACUAUCUAAUUGCAUGUUUUAAUAUUGUAUUAAUGUAUAAAAAAUGUGGCUUAUAUUUAAUAAAUAUACACCAGAUAAA